AUUUAAAUCAGGGAGGCGGCCGGGCCAACUGCUGUUCUUCAAGCAGCUCACAGACAGCUCCUCUAAGUUUUCCUCUCCUGGUCUGGUGCAGUUUUCUCCUCUAACAGGAGCCUGGGCCAAGUGGAUCACUCUGUCCUGUACCUGUUCAGAGAAGGAGAGAGAGGGAAGAGGGUGGAGGCAGAAGAGAAGAGAGCACAGAACUGAGUGCCUAAGGAUUGUGGAAGUUCUGSAACUAAAGUGGGGCCACAGUGGAGUCACAACACAAAGUUGUGUAGCAGAUACAACCGUCUCUGGAAUAUUUGGUGGUGAUUAAAGGAGAGGACGUAUCUUUCCAGGAUUUAGAAGCUUUGUCCCGGGCGGGACAGUAGGACAGUAUGGCGGCCAACGGUGAGCCGGCGAUGGCUGCGUUGACGUCGUUCAUCAUGAACGAAGAGGAGCUGAAGAGGAAGCAGAGGGAGAAGUUGAAGAAGAUGCAGGCGACGGGGGGUAACCCUCGCCCCGCCCGAUCCCUCUUCUUCUUCACUCUCAAAAACCCCUUCAGAAAAGCCUGCAUUAACAUCGUAGAGUGGAAACCCUUUGAGAUCAUCAUCCUGCUGACCAUCUUUGCCAACUGUGUGGCCUUGGCUGUGUUCCUACCCAUGCCUGAAGAUGACAACAACGCUACCAACACCAGCCUGGAGAGUCUGGAGUAUAUCUUCCUGGUGAUCUUUACGUUAGAGUGCUUUCUGAAGAUAAUAGCAUACGGCUUUGUAUUCCACGAGGGAGCCUAUCUACGGAACGCUUGGAACUUACUGGACUUCGUCAUUGUCUUCAUGGGCCUCUUCACCAUCGCCCUGGACACCAUCAACUAUCUAGCAGGCAUUCACAUGGAGAAGGGAGGAGGGUUAGAUAUGAAGGCCCUCAGAGCAUUCAGGGUGCUCAGGCCCCUACGUCUCGUAACUGGAGUCCCCAGCCUGCAGGUGGUGAUGAACUCUAUCCUGAAGGCAAUGCUGCCCCUGCUGCACAUUGGCCUGCUGGUCUUCUUCAUGGUCACCAUCUACGCCAUCGUAGGUCUGGAGCUCUUCAAGUGUAAGAUGCACAAGACCUGCUACUGGACCGGCACAGACAUCAUGGCUACAUUAGAGAACGAGAGGCCCGCCCCCUGUGCCCAGGCCGGUAACGGGCGCCGCUGCCUCCUCAACGGGACAGAGUGUCGUUCAGGCUGGGCGGGGCCAAACUUCGGCAUCACCCACUUUGACAACUUUGGUUUCGCCAUGCUCACCGUCUUCCAGUCUAUCACUAUGGAGGGCUGGACCGAUGUGCUCUACUGGGUGAACGAUGCCAUAGGGAACGAGUGGCCCUGGCUCUACUUCGUGACUCUGAUCCUAAUUGGAUCCUUCUUCGUGCUCAAUCUGGUCCUGGGUGUUCUCAGUGGAGAGUUCACCAAGGAGAGAGAGAAGGCUAAGUCCCGAGGGGAGUUCCAGAAGUUGAGGGAGACCCAGCAGCUGGAUGAGGACCUGAAGGGUUACAUGGAAUGGAUCACUCAGGCUGAGGUCCUAGAAAACGAGCAGGAGGGGAAAGGACUCCUGCCUUUGACGGAGGCAGACACAGACAGUCUGAUAGGGAUGGAGGGUGAGAGCCGGAUGGUGUACUAUUAUCGUCUGGCUCGUCGCUGGAACCGGUUCUUCAGGAUGAAGUGUCUCGUCUAUGUAAAAUCGAAGACAUUUUAUUGGUCUGUGAUUCUGGUGGUCUUCCUGAAUACUAUUGCCAUCGCUAGUGAACAUCACCACCAGUCAGACAUGCUUACUACUGUACAAGAUAAUGCCAACAAGGUGCUGCUGACCCUGUUUGCGCUGGAGAUGUUUGUGAAGAUGUACGCUCUGGGCCUGCCUCAAUACUUCUUGUCCCUGUUCAACCGCUUCGACUGCUUCGUGGUGAGCGUGGGCAUCCUCGAGAUCAUCCUGGUCACUGCUGACGUCAUGUCCCCUCUCGGCAUCUCUGUCCUCCGCUGCAUCCGCCUGCUGAGACUGCUCAAGGUCACCAAGUAUUGGACCUCCCUCAGUAACCUGGUUGCCUCCCUGUUAAACUCAGUCCGUUCCAUCGCCUCGCUGCUCCUCCUCCUCUUCCUCUUCAUCGUCAUUUUCUCCCUGCUGGGCAUGCAGGUGUUCGGGGGGAAGUUCAACUUCCCAGACCAGGAGAUCAGYCGCAGUAACUUUGACAACUUCCCCCAGGCGCUCAUCAGUGUCUUCCAGGUUCUGACAGGGGAGGACUGGAACUCCAUCAUGUAUAAUGGUAUCAUGGCUUACGGUGGACCAGUCUUCCCUGGCAUCCUAGUCAGCAUCUACUUCAUCAUCCUCUUCACCUGUGGAAACUACAUCCUCCUCAACGUGUUCCUGGCCAUCGCUGUUGACAACCUGGCAGAAGCAGAGAGCCUGACGGCCGCCCAGAAAGACAAGGCAGAGGAGAGGAAGAGGAGGAAACUGCUCAGGGCCAACAUGCCAGACAAGGCUGACGAGGAGAAGAUUCUGCUGGCUAAGAAACUGGCUGAACAGAGAGCAAAGAUGGAGGGGAUUCCCACCACUGCUAAGCUGAAAGUUGAUGAGUUUGAAUCCAACGUGAAGGAAGUGAAGGAUCCCUUCCCUUCAGCAGACUUCCCAGGUGAUGACGAGGAGGAGGAGCCUGCUAUCCCUGAGAGCCCACGGCCUCGACCAAUGGCUGACCUCCAGCUGAAAGAGGAAGAGGUUCCUAUGCCGGAGACCUACUCCUUCUUUAUCUUCGGACCGGAGAACAAGUUUCGUAAGCUGUGUCAUAGGAUCGUCAAUGCCAACCCCUUCACCAACUUCAUCCUGCUCUUCAUCCUCCUCAGUAGCAUAUCACUGGCCGCUGAGGAUCCCAUAGACCCCAAGUCAUUCAGGAAUAAGGUCUUGGCAUAUGCUGAUAUCGUCUUCACCACUGUGUUCACCAUUGAGAUUGUGCUGAAGAUGACAGUGUAUGGAGCCUUCUUGCAUCCAGGCUCUUUCUGCCGUAACUCCUUCAACAUGCUGGACCUGCUGGUGGUGGGCGUGUCUCUGUUAUCCAUGGGAAUGGAGUCCAGUGCCAUCUCAGUGGUGAAGAUUCUCAGGGUUUUGAGGGUGCUCAGGCCUCUAAGGGCUAUCAACAGAGCCAAGGGCCUGAAGCACGUGGUUCAGUGUGUGUUUGUAGCCAUCAAAACCAUUGGCAAUAUCGUCCUGGUCACCAUGCUGCUAGACUUCAUAUUCUCCUGCAUAGGGGUCCAGCUCUUCAAGGGUAAAUUCUACACUUGCUCAGACCCCUCCAAAAUGACAGAGGUCACAUGCCGGGGGAUGUUCCUGAAGCACCAGGAGAACAGUCUUCAGGAGAUGGUGUUGGCCUCCAGGGAGUGGAUGAACAGUGACUUUAACUUUGACAACGUCCUCAACGGCAUGCUGGCUCUGUUUACCGUGUCCACGUUCGAAGGGUGGCCACAGCUGUUGUAUAAAGCCAUAGACUCAGACAGGGAGGAUAUGGGCCCAGUUUACAACAACCGUGUGGAUAUCUCCAUCUUUUUCAUCGUCUACCUCAUCCUCAUCGCCUUCUUCAUGAUGAACAUCUUCGUCGGAUUCGUCAUCGUAACCUUCCAGGAGCAGGGAGAGUCUGAGUAUAAGAACUGUGAGCUCGACAAGAACCAGCGUCAGUGUGUGCAGUAUGCUCUGAAGGCCAAGCCUCUGCGGUGUUAUAUCCCUAAGAACCACUAUCAGUACAACGUGUGGUACAUAGUCACCUCCUGCUACUUUGAGUACGCCAUGUUCUUCCUCAUCAUGCUCAACACACUGUGUCUCGGCAUGCAGCACUGUAACCAGUCAGCCCAUGUGACCAAGCUGUCUGACACUCUGAACAUGAUCUUCACUGUCCUCUUCACGGUGGAGAUGAUCCUAAAACUCAUUGCCUUCAAAGCUAAGGGCUACUUUGGAGACCCGUGGAACGUGUUUGACUUCCUCAUCGUCAUCGGCAGUGUUGUCGAUGUCAURCUGAGUGAGGUCGACGCUGCCUUGGCCUCUAGUGGAGGACUGUACUGUCUCCAUGGCUGUGCUCAGACAAACCCUAUGCAGGCCAUUGCGGAUUCUGAGAAUGCCAGAGUGUCCAUCACAUUCUUCCGUCUGUUCCGUGUGAUGCGUUUGGUUAAACUACUAAACAGGUCAGAGGGCAUCCGUAACCUGCUGUGGACCUUCAUCAAGUCCUUCCAGGCUCUACCCUACGUGGCUCUUCUGAUCGUCAUGCUCUUCUUCAUCUACGCAGUCAUUGGGAUGCAGGUGUUUGGAAAGAUAGCCUUAGUGGAUGGCACACAGAUCAACCGCAACAACAACUUCCAGACAUUCCCCCAAGCUGUCCUGCUGCUAUUCCGUUGUGCGACAGGGGAGGCGUGGCAGGAAGUGAUGGUGACCAGUAUGUACGGCAAGAAGUGUGACCCCAAGUCUGACUUCCUACCUGGGGAGGAGUACACCUGUGGAGCCAGCUUCGCUGUCUUCUACUUUAUGUCCUUCUAUAUGCUGUGUGCCUUCCUGAUCAUCAACUUAUUCGUGGCUGUGAUCAUGGACAACUUUGACUACCUGACACGUGAUUGGUCCAUCCUGGGUCCUCAUCAUCUUGAUGAGUUCAAGAAGAUCUGGGCCGAGUACGACCCAGAUGCCACGGGGCGUAUAAAACAUCUGGACGUGGUAACACUACUGCGAAGGAUCCAGCCUCCGCUAGGCUUUGGGAAAUUCUGUCCGCAUCGCUCAGCCUGCAAGCGUUUAAUAUCCAUGAACAUGCCCCUGAACAGCGAUGGCACAGUCAUGUUCAAUGCCACCCUGUUUGCCCUGGUCAGGACUGCCCUCAAGAUAAAGACUGAAGGUGUCGAAGGUAACUUUGAGCAGGCCAAUGAAGAGUUGAGAGCCAUUAUAAAGAAGAUCUGGAAACGCACCAGUAUGAAACUGCUGGACCAGGUCAUCCCACCAAUCGGAGAUGACGAGGUGACGGUGGGAAAGUUCUACGCCACCUUCCUGAUCCAGGAUCAUUUCCGUAAGUUUAUGAAGCGUCAAGAGGAGUACUAUGGCUACCGGCCCACCAAGAAGAGUGCUAAUGGGAGUGCUCCAGAGAUGCAGGCUGGUCUGAGGAGUAUAGAGGAGGAGGCAGCUCCAGAGCUUCACAGGGCCAUCUCAGGAGACCUGCUGAAUGAGGAGGAGAUGGAGAGAGCCAUGGAGGAGUCUCUGGAGGAAGGCAUCUACAGGCGCCAGGGUGGUCUGUUCGGGGACUAUUCAGACCCGUUUUCCACAGAGACCAGCAGUGUCCUGCCCUCCCACAUGGCUAGCCAGCGUCCCCUACAGCUAUCAGAGAACCGCCCCGAGGAGGCUGAGUUGCCCCUCGGUCGCUCAGACUCCGUGUUCCUCCCCGAUACAGAGUUCUUUCCCCUGACCCCCACCAAACACAACAGCAACAACAAUGCGUUUUCUUAUGAGAGAGAGGAGAGUCCGAAAGUGAGCAGGCACCAUUCCAGAGUGGACCCAGGGCGCAGCUCUCCAGAUAGCAGACACUUCUCUGAGAUCAGUGAGAAACCAAUCAGAACAGACAUCACUCAGUUCCCCUAUGACCUCAAAUACGGUGAGAGCCAGUCUCUCCCCAGCUGUUCCCAAGCUAAAGGGGAGGCUACAGAGGAAGCUGAAGGGGCCACAGGAGGCUCUGUGUCUGCACCUGCCGCUGACCAGCUGAUCAAAGAGGUCUUAGUGGUUGGCGGUCUUGGCGACCUGGCCAAUGACGAUUCGUUUGUGGCGGUYACUCGUAAUGAAAUGGCCGAGGCGAUGCGCAUGCCCAUGUCCCACUUUGAAGACGUGGCCCUGGGACUCCUCAACGGGCGCAGUGGCCGCGCAACCUCCGCCACGAGGAAGAAGAUCCCAAUCCAUGUGCCCCCUUCCGCCCCCGACCGGCCCUCUAGGUCUACAGAGCUGAAACCGAAACCCCAGGAGCAGAGAAAGAAGCGCCUCGUUACACCCUUUAAACAACACCUGAAGGGGGAAGAGGCAGACACCAAAGUGUAGAGAGUCUGUCAUCGGAGUGCCCAUGACGACAGUGGCCUUAUCUUGUGACAUGAUAUGACACUUGACUUGACAAGGCUGUGUUGUAGUUGGUGACAUCACACACUCACAGCAUUAACAAAUCCUGAUUAGUUGCCGUGGCGAUGAGAUCAAUCCACUAACCAUAGUUUCCAAUGGAGACUGGAGGAAAUAGGCCCACUAACCAGGGUUGAUGGCCGAGUUGCUAGGCUCUAGCUGGUUGGCUGUUCAGGUUUUAACAUGUUAUUCCACUGUGGUUGAUUCUUGUCAAUUCUGAUUAAAUUCUUGAAUCAGA